AAUGAAAGGAGGGGUAACUGGGGUAGCAGUAGAUAUAAACGUUGACCAGCUGAGGGCAAAUAUUCCCGGUGUAUGUGAUCUCGUCGUUUUGAAGCGACGCAGACAGGGUGGGGAAACAGAAGAGUCAUUGUCUGUUCUUUUGAGUUUUGAAGUAGUCUUUGCCAGACAAAGAGAAGUUCGGAUAUAUAAGUUAUCCUAUACGAGCGUAUGUGCCGAGUACAUUAAGAUGUUACAGGUGUCAAGCUUAUGGGCAGUGUGAAGGAGGGAGGGUCCAAUGUGCAGAAGGGCAUGAGACAGAGGAAUGUGUAAUAUUGGGGAAAGUAGUGGAAUGUGUUAAUUGUAGGGGUGCACAUUGCGCUGGGGGUCAGACAUGUCCCGUGCGAGAGAGGCAGUUUGAGGUUUCCAGGGUUAGAGUAGAGCAGAAGUUGUCAUAUGCUGAGGCAGUGAAGGAGAAGAAGAUUGGUUGAGGGGGAUAGGUGGUGAGAGUAGUAGAGAUAUACCAGUACAUAGGGAUAGGCCAAAAAGUUAACUGUUUCAUUAAGAUUUGAUUUUUAGCCUUUAUAGCAGUGGUUAGUAAUUAUACUGCAGGGAUGGAUCGGUAGUCUCAGAAAAUUGAGGUUGUGGUUGCAGCUGCUGAGAGGUAUUUGGGUGUGUAAGAGUUACAUGAUGAUGUCCUUUCAGGGUGAUGGCAUGAGGUAGGAAUAAAUAUAUUACAAUUUUGGAUUAGGGGGGUGUUAAUUUUAUUUUAUAUAAUUUUGAAAUUAGUGAGUAUAGUUUUAGAUGGUAAGGUAUUUAUUUAGUACAUUAUUAUUAUUAUUACUGGAGUUGUACUCCAGUCCAGUAGAUGGCGGCAAUGCAACAAAUUGGAUGUCAACCGCUGUUAAAUCUCAUAGAAGAAGAUUACGUCAAAUAACAUCCGGAUCUUUCCUUCGCAGGUCAAAAAUGUUUGCUUUCCGAAGCUUUCGAUCUUUACAAUUCACAUUUUCACAGCUUGGAGGCACACAACAAUGUCUCAGAAGUCUGUCAGGCUCGUCUAAUGUAGUCCAGAAGAACGAUGACAUGCCUUUACAGAUGGAGAAUCCAUACAAACAACCACAGAAGGGCUGCAUUCUCUGUAACAUCACAGUGGACUUCAAGAAUGUUCAGCUGCUGUCCCAGUUUAUAUCCCCACACACAGGAAGAGUUUACGGCAGGCACAUAACAGGUCUAUGUGGUAAGAAACAGCGGGAGAUCGCCAAAGCCAUAAAGAAAGCUCAUUCGAUGGGAUUCAUGUCUGUAACCCACAAGGACCCACAUUUUAUGAAAGAUCCAAACAUCUGUGACAUCCGGCACUUGGAGUAACUGUGUCCGCCUGUAUUGUGGAGCUAGUCUAGCAUAGAUACUGUAAUUGUGUAUUAAAACAUGUUUCAAUGUGGAA